CGCUGAGCAACAAUCUGAGGAUCAUCUACACGUGCAACAACAAAUCGCCUGUUGGAGCAUGUUAAUGCGAUCAUAAUGGAUCAACUUCCAAAGAGAAAGAAAAGAGGCCCAUAUAAACGAUACAUCAACCAUGGAUCGGACUUCGUGCUACCGAGAAGUACUAAGAGGGCUUGCCAACACAAUGAAGUGCCUACGGACACAACCUCAUCUGAUGAUGAAGCAGUCUCCAACAAUGCAGCGCCCGGACUAAGCCAAGCAGCAGGUCAAGCUUCAGUCUUGUCAGAUAUAAACAGCGUACUUCAAACUGAUACGUUGAGUAGUCAGGAUGAACAGGAAACUUCAAACGACGCUUGUGGUGCAGCGGCCUCCAGCAUGGCAUCUGCUGCGGUCAGUCGCAAUACUUCAGAACUGCAAGCAACCAAUGAUGGGCCACAGCAUGCCAUCCCGAUGAUUUCCCACGACACAUUGCUAAAUGAUGAAGAGCUUUCCAUGUCUGAUGAUGAUGGUUCAGAGCAACAUGAUCCUGGAGAGCUGGCUUCAGAAGAUGACAUGCAGCAAAUGCCUAACAGUCCCACAGCGCCUGGUCAUGGUGGCAAGUCGCUUUUUGGAGAGUUAUUUACCGAUGUUGUGACUGAAAGAGUGGUUCUGUCUAGACGCGAUAUUCUCCUCAUGGUGCUGAAGCACGCUGUCAAAAAUAAUUCAUCAUUUGCAGGGCUGACCAGCAUCUUAUCAACAGAAUUUUCGAACGACCAAUAUUGCCUCAUUCACGUUACCAGCUCUCCAAACUUUUGA